AUGGGCACGACCGCUAGCAGCUCCGCAUCGCGUUCCAGCGUCUUCGUGCCUCCCCGCAGCAGAAGCAGCAGCAAUAGCAACAGUACUUCGACCUAUAGUGCAGGCAAUUAUAGUACAACUACCACUAGUAUCAAUAGUACCAGCUACCGCACGGGGUUCCUCACUGCGCUCCUGUCCAGUCGCCGACUGGAGUUCACGCUCGCCAACAUGCGGACGCUCCACGCGCAGCUCACGCGCUUUGAAGUGCUCCGAGACGCCGAUAUUGUCGAGCUCUUGCGCGUGCUGGCGGAGUUUCUUAUUUACUCGGACCAGCACCGCGUGUCGACCGAAGGUGACGACGAUCAAGAUGCAGCAGCGGCUGGUGCUGCUAGUGAUACGUCCGUGGACGACCUGACAGGGACAAAUGAUGACGCAGGCGCGUUCUUUGACUACUUUGGAGAGACGAAUAUGCUCGCGCUGUUUGUGGAACUAGGGGCCAGUGCACCAUCAAUUGCUGUCCAAGUGCAGUUACUUCAGACGAUGAGCAUAUUGGUGCAGAACAUUGCGACCCGCACGUCGCUGUAUUACAUUUUGAGCAACAAUCACGUGAAUCGGCUCCUCGAGUGCCCAUUUCUCGUCGAUCAAGACGAUGACGUGCGGGAUUGGUACGUCACGCUGCUGAAAGCCUUAUCACUAAGACUGAAUCACGAGACGGUGCAGUUUUUUCUCGACACGCAGCAAGGAGGAGAGGAAAAUAUGGGCUUUCCACUCUAUGCACGCGCGUUGGCGUUUGGACGCUGCAAGGAGACCAUGGUGAAAGUUGCGGUCAAGACAUUAACGCUCAAUGUGCUCAAUGUGCCGGAUAUGCGGGUGCGCCGGUUUGUGCUGCAGUAUGACAACCUCAAGUAUUUUCGAGACAUUGUGGAGAUCGCAAAUGACUUGACUUUGAUGAUACAAGGACUGUUGAAUACCUGGCCAUGCGCAGCUGAACAGACAGCAAAAACAGCCACAUCGGAGAAACUAGAAGAAGCAGUGGACGCGUACAUUGACCACUGCUUUUACUUGCAGGAUUUGCUUGCAGUGGAUGUACCAGAGCUUUGCUACAAAAUUGGAAACUUGCUAUUUGCACGGCAUGUCAGGUGUUUGUUGGCGGCUAGUAUCCUGCCAAAUUGCGCACCUCCACCGCAAAGAGUGUCGACACAACUGGCGCUCUACUUGCUUAGUCGACUGCUGGGCAUUUUGGAGCAUACGCCUCUUGUAAAUGCGAUUGUGUAUAUGAUGCUCUCGUCUGAUGCAGGUGAAAACUACGAGUACUCAAGACUAGUGCUCGGGGCUCGAUCGUCACAGCAGCAGGACGGCUCUCAUUGUCUGGAAGCGUUAGACACAAAUAACGACGUUAGUAACCAUGACGUCGAUGACGGUGAUGACAGUGAAAGCGAUGAUGAUGGUGAAGUGGGUGAUGACGAUGAUGGUGAUGACGGUGGCGACGACAGUGAAGAUGCUGAUGGUGAUGAUCGUGAUAAAGAAGGUGACACUUUGACGACAGAGAACUUGCCGCAAUUGCUGUCUCCACAGCCUUCUAUACGAUGGGAUGAAGAAGCACCGUUGAUGCACACCUUUCGUCCCCAUUCGGCAAGCUCGUGUGAGUCGUCGUUGUGCUACAUUCAAACGCGUUUUUCCAUGGGUGAAUGGCCGGACGACGAGGUGAAGGCCUUUGUUCCGCAAAACGUCAAUUGCUACCGCCAAUCUUUUUUGUCACUGCUUUGUUCCAGUGAUGAGCGCCUUUCGACUACGGCCGUGAUGCUUCUGCUGGCCAUUGUCAAUAACAAGGCCGCUGAUCACUCUCUAUUACGCGAGCUGGACCUGCUACCCUUCCGUUAUCGCCACCGACAACGUGUCGAUUGCGAUGAUAAUCGGGAAGUUGCGGAUGACCGCGAGGCUAUUGUGCCACAGUGCGAGGCUGAAGAGAAAGUUGGGAUUGGAACUUCGAAUCCACCAGUCACUACACACGUCCCGUCUUCGUGUGAUUGUUCUGGCCCACAAGAAAAUGUUGACGACGAUGCAAACGAAGCUUUUGAGAUUAAUGAUAUUGGUACAGAAGCACCAAACGAAGAUGACGAUGAAGUGUCCAGUGCCGCCGGAUUCGGUCGUGAUCCGUCAUUCAGUACAGACGAGUAUCCUCAUUGGCUGAUCGACUUGAUAUUGAAAGUUCUUGCGCAAAACCUGACCUCGCGCUUGCUUAGUGUGCAACUGUGCACGCGUGUGCUAGUGGACAUGAUGGUGGACACGUGCACUCCGACUUUGCAUUGCCUUGUUCAGCACCAUGCUGCUGCGCUCAAGAGUAUCCACUCGAAUAGCGCACGCCUUACUGCGGAGAGUAUGCGGGGCACUAUGGCUGAAGUUGAUCUAUUUCUGUACGUGUUGGAGAAAGAGGUGGAAGCGUUCCAGCGUACAGCCUUCCCGAUGGAGUUGCAGCUAGAUUCUUCAUCGCCGUUUGAGUGCCUCAUUCCACUUGAGACGGCAGAGGCUACAACCUCUCUGCCAUGGGCUGGUAUCCGGGACACGUUGGCUCUACGUUGCCCCGUGAAUGACAUCGAAGUAUGCCGCAAAUCUGUGCGAGUAUUUCUCUUGUUGCGGAAACUGCGUGAACUCCUGGACGCAAGCUACGUAAACGAUGGUCUGGAAUGGCUAGUUGCUAACCGGCACCCGCGUACUAGUGUGCUCGCAAGUGCUGCAGCUGGAAGGCACCCGUGCACUGUGGCGUUGGACGGGAUGGUAUCUAUCAGGUGUAUGUAUCGUGAGCAGCGCUUUCUGCUGAUGCCUACGAAGCUUCUGAUGGUAAUGAAUCCCGAGGCAUUUGUACUCAUGGAGAAGAUUCCUGAUCAAAGCAGCGAUAGUAGUUCGCAUGACGGGGAAGGAGAAGGUGUCGUUAGGAUGUUUGCACCAGUCCACCGUACGUACUGCAAAGUGGAUCCACGAGACGAUCGAGUGCUACAGGUGUUGGUGCGCUCUGCAGUGUCUGUGCCAGGUUGCCGAAGUGCCCGAAAAGACCAUCAGGACGCAUCAACAUCAGGCAAGCUUCAGGACUGGCAUGUGUUGCUGAUGUUUCCAACUUCAGAAGAUUGUGCUCAGGCACGAGCGCAUAUUACAAUCAGCGGGACUGAGGUGCGCGCAUUCAAGCUGCAUCAGAUUAAGAGAAGCUUCACCGCCCAUCUAGAGGUGACUCAGUCGAGCAGCAAUAAUGAGCGGCAAAGGUCGUGGUUUACGAACGUCGAAUUUGAUGCAAGUAUUAGUGAAAGUGGCGACAAAAAUGACGGCAAAAGCAUUGAGAUCGAGACAGGAGGCGAGGACAGUGAAAUUAAUGAUGACAAAGAAGAAGGAGAAGGAAGAGAUGAAGAUGAAAGCGAAGCGGGAAGGAGUGAGUGA